GCCGACGCGCGCAAUAAAGCCCAAAGUCUACUCUAGUGGGUUUGUACCUCCAGAGAAGAAUCGACAAACUUCAACUGAAAACGUCUCGCCAUGGAUUUGUAUUUAGCAGUUGCGCCAAUUUAAGGAUUAUACGUUUUCCCCUCUAUAGCGAUGCUUUUUUUUUUUUUUUUAAACACAUUUAGAAUCUUGAAGCGGAGCUGUGUAUGCCAGGCGAAUGAGGAGUUACUAUUUUUUGGACUUUAAAAAAAUAGUGGCUUGUUGGUGCUCGGUUGACGACAGCCGUUGUCUCGAGAUCAAGAUCGCGGGGUUACCCACAAGUUCAGCUCCGCUGUGGACCAACUUCAGAAAUACUUUUUUUUUUUUUUUUUUAGUCCUUAGCGCUGUUGGCUGAUUUUUCUUUUUAGUGGCAAGUUACCCGGUGAUUAAGUGCAACCACGCCGGGGGAAGGCUGCUGUUCUCCGGCUAGCUGAGAAGCAGCUUCUCCUUGGAUCAGGGCCUCGUCGGCUAGGCGACAAUGCUCGACAUAAUGUCUGACCACCAAGAUUCGCUUCUGACGUGUAAAACGGAACCCCUGCCCCCAGAAAGAAAAAAGAGGACCGUGGAGGACUUCAACAAGUUCUGCAGCUUUGUUCUGGCUUAUGCUGGUUAUAUCCCCAGUCCAAAGGAGGAAAGUUCCUGGUCUCCAACAUCCUCCAGCUCUGCCCAUAGUUCAGGACUAUCAGCAGAUGCAGGCGUCGGGGGCAGCAGCUCCAUAAGCAACACUUGGACGGAUGGGAGCUCUGACAUUCACACCAUCCACACAUUUGUGCGCAAAGCUCGGGCAAAUAAGGGCAAAAACAUUCGACGCAUGCACUCUGACAGCACCCUGCUGGACAAGAUGCGCCUGAAAGACUCUCUGUACGACAGCCAGGCAAGCACAAAAGCUGAGCGCAAAAAAGACAAAAAACUGAAAAAGCUCUCUCUGGGCUCGACCACGGCGCCGGACAGCGGGAGCAGCGAGGGCGAGAAAAGGGCUCGCAUUAAGCGAAGCAAGAACUCCUCCAAACAGCCCAAAGCCAAGAAGUUGAAGAGCUCAGCUGCUCAGAGCGAGACAGACUCCGAGACGCGGAACUCACACGCCGAGGCGCGGCCCGUGAGGGAGGAGCUGGCGUCGCACGGGGGCUCCACCUCCAGCAGCCACGGCUUGGGGAAGGCAGAUGAAUCCAUCAGGGAAGCGGAAAUGAGCUCCAGCGAGGGCGAAACCUGGAUCGCAGAUGAAGAUAUCAUGGUGGAGUCAGGGGACGACUCAUGGGACCUGAUCACCUGUUACUGUGGGAAGCCGUUCGCCGGACGUCCCAUGAUCGAGUGCAACCAGUGCGGAAUAUGGGUGCACCUGUCGUGCGCAAAGAUCAAAAAGUCCAAUGUUCCCGACAUCUUUUACUGUCAGAAAUGCAGAGACUUGAGGCGGUCGGGAAGCAAAAAGGACACUUAAACUGUUGGAGGACUGUUUCUGCCUCCCUCUGACCAGCUCCCUUACUCUGAUGCCUACAGCCAAAACAGCCUAAAUUCUCACCGGGACAGCAACUAACUCAGCAGUUGCACAAAUUAUUUUGACAAUC